AUGGGUACCAGAUUGGACUUGGCGACUUUAGGGCAGUGGGAAACCCACCACAACAGCAAGGAAGUGACGAAGUACACAGACUUGAUGGACUUCCUCAAAAGCCAUUGUUCUGUAUUGCAGUCUGUGGUGCCGGUCAAUCCCAUUAGCUCCAACCAGCAACGAUCAACACGUCCGGCAAUUUGCCACACAACAGUUAAAUCGGUGGCGAAAUGCUGGUUUUGCAACGAGCCGCGCCAUUCCGUGUUCCAGUGCGUCAGAUUCCAGCGUAUGAGCGUGUCGGACAGAAUUGAGGCCGCCAACAGGAACAAACUCUGUCGAAAUUGUUUAUAUCCGGGUCAUUUUGCCAGAACGUGCGAGAAGGGAACGUGUCGUCAGUGUCGUCAGAAGCAUCACACACUGCUGCACACUGAACAGUCUAGAUCCUCCGAUCCACCCACGCAGUCAAGACCUCUGACAGUCAACCAACAACACAGACAGCCACAACAGCGAUUUACACCACCGAACCAACAGACUCGGACCGCUAACACUGGCAUUACACAAGACUCACACACACAGCCAGCCACAGAACACGCCACCACAAGCCAAACACAUGUAGCCUUCCCCAUAACACCGACGCAAAACAUAAUUUUAUCCACCGCAUUGGUCAGCGUUAAAGACCGCUACGGCAAAUCCGUGCUUGCCCGAGCGUUGCUGGAUUCGUGCUCGCAGCACUGUCUAAUGACUUCAAGUUUCGCUAGCAAACUAAGGCUAGAUGAAAUGCCAGUCUAUUUGGCGAUUCAAGGCAUUGGAUCGUCUCAAAUUGCUUCCACCAGGCUGGUUACCGCCGUAGUGAGUCCUAGAUCGUUAAAUAUUUCAUCGUUCGUCGAAGAGAUGCAGUUCCACGUGCUGCCGGAGCUCACCGUGUCACUGCCUAUGGCAAGCUUCUCUGUUGCAACGUGGAAUAUCCCAGAUUCGACGCUUCUUGCGGAUCCCAGAUUCUUCGAAACAGGACCGAUCGACCUUAUCAUCGGAGCUGAAUAUUACAUGGAGCUGCUAAAGGAGGAAAGACGGAAGGUUACGGAUGAUGGUCCGACAAUGCAAGACACUGUAUUAGGAUGGAUUAUUUCUGGUCGUGUUCCUGAAGGUCCUGUUAGUGCUUCAUACUCAGUGGUGCACGUGUGCUCAACGGCGGAGGUACAGGAUCAGCUGUCAAGGUUCUGGGAAGUGGAAGCUUGUCAUUCAGCUAGUACACUUUCGGUCGAAGAGUCGGCCUGCGAGGAAUUCUUCGACAGAACAACGUUCAGAAACGAAGAAGGAAGAUACGUGGUUACAUUGCCGAAGAAAGAAGGAAUAAUCCAGCAAUUAGGCGAGUCAAGAUCAACAGCAGUCAAGCGUUUCAUGGGGAUGGAACGGAGGUUCGCAAUGAAUCCGGAGUUGAAGGCAUAUUACACGGAGUUCAUGGGCGAAUAUUUGGCCAUGGGUCACAUGCGAGAGCUUUCCGAGGAAGAAAUGAGUGCGUCGUCAUAUUACUUGCCUCAUCAUGCUGUUUUGAAGCCGGACAGCACUACGACAAAGUUACGAGUAGUUUUCGAUGCGUCGUGUCGGACAUCUAGCGGCAUUUCCCUGAACGAUGCUUUGAUGGUGGGACCCGUUGUUCAGGACAUGAUAGUAGACAUUGCACUCCGCUUUCGAACACACCGAUUCGCUCUCGUAGGAGACGUUGCCAAAAUGUAUCGUAUGAUACUGUUGAAUCCUGCCGAUCAGCAGCUGCAGAAGAUCGUAUGGAGAAAUAGUGCAGCGGAACCAAUUCGAACAUUCGCUCUUGUCACGGUUACGUACGGUACGGCAUCAGCUCCUUACUUAGCCACAAAGUGUCUGCAGCGCCUGUCAGACGAAGGACAAGGUGCAUACCCCAGAGCUGCCAAGCUCCUCAGGAAGGAUUUCUACGUGGAUGAUAUGCUGUCUGGUGUAGAUAAUAUCGAAGAAGGGAAAGAGCUCAUCGGCCAGAUGAUAGGAUUGCUACAAUCUGCUGGAUUCUCUCUGCGAAAGUGGAACUCUAACAGCAAAGAAUUGCUGUCAGCGGUGCCGGAGGAAUUGAGGGACGAGCGUUCGAUUUUGGAAUUGGAUUCAUCGACCUCUGCUGUGAAAACUCUUGGUUUGACCUGGGAGCCCAACACCGACUGCUUUCGGUUUAGUUCGCCAGAAUGGGACGAGUCUGCAGAAAUUACCAAGAGAAGUGCCCUGUUGGAUGCGUCCCGACUGUUCGACCCGCUGGGUCUAGUAGGCCCGGUCAUCGUUCAAGCAAAGAUUUUCCUGCAGGAGCUCUGGAAAUACGACUGCGAGUGGGACGAUCCUUUGAACACACCAUUACAAGAGCAGUGGCGUGAAUACCGGCGGAAUUUGGUAGGUCUAGGCGAAAUCGCUGUCCCACGAUGGAUAGAGCUGUCGUCGGCACUACUACUGGUACACCUGUAUGAAAAGGUCGCCAAAAACAUCCACAUUGUCGCCAGGCGUUACUUCUGGACCGAUUCAACCAUUGUCGUUUGCUGGUUGUCAUCGUCGCCCUCAAGAUGGAAGCAGUUUGUGGCGAAUCGCGUCUCCGAAAUUCAGCAUGUUACGAAGGAUGGUGAAUGGAACCACGUUGCUGGAGAAGACAAUCCUGCAGAUAUUAUUUCCCGUGGCAUGUCCCCGACACAACUGCAGUACGAAGCGCGCUGGUUCCACGGACCGAGUUGGCUGAUGUUGGAUCGGCAAUUCUGGCCUGAUUCCAAGCAGAUCGACGAGAGCACCAUCGACAAAGUGAAUUUGGAAGAAAAGGCUGUCGUCGCUGUUCUUCCAGCCGUUUCACCAAGUGAGAUUUUUGGCCUUCGUUCGUCGCUAGCAGACCUGGUGCGGUUGACAGCCUAUAUCCGUCGAUUCAAAUGGAAUUCUUCACCAGAAAAUCGGUUAGACAAGAAAGUUGGCUACAUCACUUCUCAGGAGUACAACGAAGCCCUGAAAGGACUGGUAAAGCAAUCCCAGCGAGAAAGUUUUGCUCAGGAGUUUGGGGACAUCGCUAAGUAUGAGCAGGUACAAGACUCGUCGAGAAUAGCUGGACUAAACCCGCAACUUGUUGGAGGGAUAUUGUGUGUUGGCGGCCGGUUGAAGAAUGCAGUAAUUCCAGACAGUCGGAUGCAUCCGUUUAUUCUCGACCACCGACAUCCCUUCACAAGAAUAGUCGUCGAGUACUAUCAUCGCAAAUACUUCCACGCUGGUCAACAACAAAUUGUAUCAACAGUUCGGGAACAGUUCUGGCCCACAAGCGUCAGGAAUCUCGCAAGGCAAGUGAUCCAUGGGUGUGUGCAAUGCUUCCGUGCGAAGCCUAAAAUUCAGGAUCAACUGAUGGCAGAUUUACCUCCGGAACGAGUGCGGCCAUGUUCCCCUUUUCAGAAGGUCGGAGUCGACUACUGUGGUCCAUUCUACGUAUUAUAUCCACAACGUCGAGCACGACCAAUCAAGUGCUUCGUGGCAGUGUAUGUGUGCCUAGUUACCAAGGCAGUACAUUUGGAACUAGCUGCAGAUUUGACGACACAGGCCUUCCUUGCGACAUUGCACCGAUUUUCGGCACGUCGUGGCAAGCCGUCGCUCAUAAUGUGUGAUAACGCGACAAACUUCGUUGGCGCCAGGCGAAAGCUGGAUGAGCUUGCCCAGCUGUUCGCUAGUCAGCAAUUCUCCGAUGCAGUAUUACGUCAAGCAGCAGAAGAACGAAUCGAGUUUCGGUUCAUUCCAGCGCGAUCUCCGAACUUUGGAGGGCUGUGGGAAUCAGCGGUAAAGUCUUUCAAAAUUCUCUUCAAGCGGACUAUUGGCACACGUGCCCUGGAGUACGACAAGAUGCAAACGGUUCUGACCCAGACAGAAGCAAUCCUGAAUUCUAGGCCACUGACUCCAAUCAGUAACGAUCCAGACGAUUUCGAAGCCCUCACGCCAGGGCAUUUCUUGAUUCAGAGGCCACUGGUGGCCAUACCAGAACCUGAUCUUGGUGGUGUACCAGACUUUCGGCUUGGGUGCGAGAUUUCACCCAACAAUUGUGGAUAA